UAUGCAAAUAAAAGAAACCGAAAACCCUUGCUUGGCUCCCAUACAAUGCAUUCAUUUUGGCGGGAAGCUAGAAAAGGCUGCGAAGAAUCCAAUCCAAUCCACCCGAGGCGAGAGGCCAUGGCAGACGAUUCGGAGAUGAACCCUGAUCAGGUAGAGGAAGAGUUCACCGUAUGGAAGAAGAACACCCCGUUCCUAUACGAUCUCGUCAUUUCUCACCCUCUGGAGUGGCCUUCUUUGACUGUCCACUGGGUCCCGUCUUCGCCGAGCCCAUACGGAGCCGACCCGUCCUUUUCCGUCCACAAACUCGUCCUCGGGACGCACACCAGCGGUGGCGCCUCGGACUUUCUCAUGAUUGCCGACGCAGUCCUCCCGACCCUUGCCGCAGAAUCCGAAUUUGGCGCCAAAAAUGAUGACCCGGUUUUCCCUAAGGUGGAGAUAACACAGAGGAUGCUUGUUGAUGGGGAAGUGAACAGGGCAAGGUGUAUGCCACAGAAUCCGGUUAUUAUUGGUGCAAAGACCAGUGGCUGCGAGGUUUUCGUGUUUGAUUAUACCAAGCAGGCAGAGAAGGAUAAGGGAGGUGAAUGUGAUCCUGAUUUGAGGCUGAGGGGUCAUGACAAGGAAGGGUAUGGAUUAUCUUGGAGUCCACUUAAGGAGGGUUAUCUUGUGAGUGGUUCACAAGACCAUAAGAUAUGCCUGUGGGACUUGUCUGCUUGGCCUCAAGAGAAGGUUCUUGAUACAAUGCAUGUUUAUGAGGCUCAUGAAAGUGUGGUUGAAGAUGUGUCAUGGCAUUUGAAGAAUGAGAAUAUAUUUGGUUCUUCAGGUGAUGAUUGUCAGUUGAUGAUCUGGGACUUGCGCACCAACCAAACUCAACAUCGCGUUAAAGCCCAUGAGAGAGAGAUCAAUUAUUUGUCUUUCAAUCCUUAUAAUGAGUGGAUUCUGGCUACAGCAUCUUCUGACUCUACUGUUGGUUUGUUUGAUAUGCGGAAGCUGAAUGUACCUUUGCAUGUUUUAAGCAGUCACACUGGAGAGGUCUUCCAGGUAGAAUGGGAUCCUAAUCAUGAGACGGUGCUGGCAUCUUCUGGUGAUGAUAGAAGAUUGAUGGUUUGGGACCUUAACAGAAUUGGGGAAGAGCAAUUAGAAAUAGAGCUAGAUGCUGAUGAUGGUCCUCCCGAGCUGCUUUUUUCUCAUGGAGGGCAUAAAGCCAAGAUAUCAGAUUUCUCAUGGAACAAAAAUGAGCCAUGGGUGAUUUCAAGUGUAGCUGAGGAUAACACUCUUCAGGUCUGGCAAUUGGCAGAGAGUAUAUAUCGCGAUGAUGACACCCAAACUGCUGAGGACUAUCCAUAGAUAUUCGGGUUAAAGUUUAAGGAUGAUUUUUCUUAUGAAUUAAAAUCAUGUUUUCUGUGUGAACAACUUGAGUAGUCCUUAACAUGUCUUGAUUUAUAUCCUAA